AAUAUAUUUAAACGUGUAAAAUUAUUCAAAAUAAAAUUAUCAAUUCCUUAGCAGUAUUUCGCUUCACCGACAAAAAAGUGUAGCACAGAAAAACAUUAAAGGAAAUCGAAGUCGAAACCAUUUCGAGUCGAAUUUAAAUUACAAUAAAAAAAUAAGUCAUAAGAAAAGUAAUCAAACCAAAAGUAUUAUUUUCGUAAAUCUACACUUAAAUGAAUCACGUUCCACUAACAAGGAGCUAAACGUUACUUACAUAAUUAAGCAUAUUUAUUAAAAGUAUUAUUAAAUUAAACUGUAAAAGGCAAAAUGUUUGCGUUCAGGAGCGUUGUAAGCACGCGUUUUAUGCCCAUUGGCGCGCUUGUUAUUCUAAAUCUAUGCGUGCGCGCGAGCUUUGGGCAUACGAUCCCUAGCAAUGCGAUACAGAAGCGACAAUACGAGCCCGUGGGGCCGGAAUCUUGCCAAAUCUAUUGUCAUGGACCGCUGCUGCACACCGUACAAAUGGCACAUCUUUACCAGGACUCUAAAACGUUUGUCGAUAUGAAGCUGAAAAAUCUACCGGAAAAAACUAUGGAGGAGUUCAACGCGUUCAUGCUUAAGUACAACAACACACCAACCGAGGCGGAGAUACAGGAUUUUGUUGAUACACAUUUCGAGGAGCGGGGUAAAGAAUUUGAAACUUGGGUACCGAAUGACUGGAAAGAAAAUCCUGAAUUCUUGAACGCCAUCAACGAUCCAGAUCUCAAGCAAUGGGGCUCCGAUUUGAAUGGUAUUUGGAAGGAGUUGGGCCGCAAAAUGAUCGAAGACGUGCACAAGAAUCCAGAAUACUAUUCGAUAAUACCUGUUGACAAUCCAGUUAUAGUGCCAGGUGGUCGUUUCAUUGAAUUUUACUAUUGGGAUUCUUAUUGGAUUAUACGCGGUCUUUUGUAUUCGGAGAUGUAUGAAACGGCACGUGGCAUGAUCGAAAACUUUUUAUCCAUUGUACAGAGAUUCGGCUACAUACCGAACGGUGGUCGUGUUUACUACUCGGGACGUUCACAGCCACCAUUCUUAACAGCUAUGGUUAAGGCUUAUGUUGACUUCAAGAAAGAUUACAGUUUUGCUUUGGAAGCUUUAGAUACUUUGGAACAUGAAUUUGAAUAUUGGAUGAAUAAUCACACCGUGCAGGCCAAGGGUUAUGAUGUUGCUAUCUAUACAGAUGCCUCCACUGGGCCACGACCGGAGUCCUACCGUGAAGAUAUUGAAACAUCGGAAGCUUUUCGCACCGACGAGGCUAAGGAACAACACUAUACCGAAUUGAAAGCCGGCGCUGAAUCCGGUAUGGACUUCAGUUCACGUUGGUUCGUCAAUGAAAAUGGCACAAAUGAUGGUGAUCGUACCGAUUUAAAGACACGCUCAAUUGUGCCCGUCGAUCUUAAUGCGUUACUGUAUAUGAAUGCGAAAAUAAUUGCAGAAUUUCAUGACAAAGCAGGAAACAAAGCUAAAUCCACUGAAUAUGAAGCGAAGGCUGCAAGGAUAUUAGAGGCUAUCCAAGCUGUACACUGGAAUGAAGAAGCCGGUGUUUGGCUGGACUACGAUAUGAUCAAUCAGAAACCACGUAAUUACUUUGUACCCACCAAUUUGUCACCACUCUAUACGGGCGCAUUUAAUAAAUCCGACUCAGAGAGAAUCUCGGCAUCUGUGCUAAAAUACAUUGACGAUUUAAAAUUGGACAGCUAUCCCGGUGGCGUGCCGAAUACGCUCGCGCAUACCGGUGAACAAUGGGACUUCCCUAAUGUUUGGCCACCAAUGCAAUAUAUACUCAUUAGAGGUUUGGAGAACUUGGGCACGCCUGAGGCAAAGAAACUGUCAGAGCGAUGGGGACAUCGUUGGGUGAAAUCGAAUUUCGAGGCAUACAAACAGACGCAGACGAUGUUUGAAAAGUACGAUGCGUUACACUUUGGUGGCCAUGGCGGUGGCGGAGAGUACGAGGUGCAGAAAGGUUUUGGCUGGAGCAAUGGCGUAAUUAUUGAGUUCCUCACAAAAUAUGGUGGCGACUUGUCCCUAUCGAAUAGUGCGGUAUCAACAGUUUCGAAGAAUACAGUUUUCAGUUUGACUGUUGCGCUGCUGAUUUCGGUGUUUGGAACAAUGCUGGGUAGAUCGUUGUGGUGAGAAUCCAAUUUAAGUCGUCUGACACACUUUAGAGGCAGAUAAAGACGAGAUUGUAUAUGACCAUGACUUGCUUCGUUACUUACACACAACCACACAGAACAUUGCGUACAAUGCCUUAUGUAUUUUCCAGCGACUUGUAUUAAUUUAUACUACAUGUAUAUAGAAUCUAAAUUUAUUUUAAGUUUUAUUUCAACUUGUACAUUACACUAAUUACGCUCUUA